AUGAGGAGAAUUAAGAUUUUGGAGAGAAUAUCCACAAGAGGAAACCUUAGCUAUAAUGUCUCAAGAAUUGAUGGUAUGCUGGAAUAUGAUAGAGUAGCGAGAUUUGAUAGAGCAUUGUGGAAAUAUAGCUGGGUUGUAUUUAAUAGUUUCACUAAUGGACAGUGGGGUGAAGAGGAACGGAAGAAAAAUUCGCUUAAUCGACAUCAAAUGAUUGAUGUUCGAAUUCGAACUCUUCGAGAUCAUUUCGAGAUUUCCUGUAAUCGAAAAGAAUUUAAAACUUUCCGAUAUCGUUUACCUCUUUCGCUAAUAUCGCGCGUUCUUAUUAAUGGAGGCUUUUAUCCACGUCAUAUGAUUGAUUUCAAAGGCAAAAUUUAUCCAGUUCCAUAUGAAAGAAAAUUACUGGAUCGAUGGGAAGAAUUAAUAAUUUUAGGACGACCAAACCGCGAAGCGUAUCGCUUUGCAAUAAACUUACUCAAUGAAGAAGACGAUAUUAUGCUACAUUUCAAUGCUAGAUUCGAUGAAAAUUGUGUGGUGCAUAAUUGGUUUGUAGACUAUAAAUGGGGACAUGAAGAUAGAAUUGAACCAGUUCCAUUUGAACCUUAUACUGACUUUGAUCUAAAAAUUAUAAGGGCAAAGCAAGAAUUUGUGAUAUUCGUUAAUGAUCAACCACUUCGCACAUUUCCUUAUCGCUGGGAUAUUGGAGAAUUAAUUAAAAUGCAAGUUAUGGGUGAUGUCGAACUGAAUAUUAUAGGCCAUCGACCAUUUGCUAAAGAUAACACGGCUUUGUAUAAUGGAAAUUAA